GGAAAUUAGAAAAAGAAUGGACAGGACAAAAAUGGAUUUCAUCAUAGAACCUAAAGCAGCUGAAAUGGGUGGAUUGAGGGUCAUUGAAGUAAGCUAACUAUGGACUAAUCCUUCGUUAUCCUCUUUAAAGAAAACGACAAUGGCCCACCGGCAUAAACUGAUUUCUGUACAUAAUAGUACCCGGGGCAGGUGGUACUGUGACUUUUGUAAAAGAUAUAGUGAAAACCUAAAUGAAGAGUUUUCUUAUCGUUGCCAUAGCUGCAACUUUGACUUAUGUCUUCACUGCAUUCACCCACGCCAACAUCCUAGCCAUGAACAUCAACUUCAAGUGAUAGAUGUCUCCUCUACUUGCAACAGCUGGUCUUGUGACAUCUGCAAAUAUGACAAAACCGAAGAAAAGCUAUCCCGUCGUUGUGGAGAGUGCAAUUUUGAUAUUUGCCGUGACUGUUUCAAGCAUUACCUCACCAGCCUGCACGAGCAUGCAUUGUUCAGAGCAUGCGCACUGGAUGUCUACCCAAAGUCCAGAGGUUGCUGGGGAUGUGAUAACUGCCGAUCUUUGUUUAGGAACCCAAAUGAAAACUGGCCGUGGCAUUGCCACAAAUGUGAAUACAAUCUCUGUGACCAAUGCAUUGGUGCCAAUCCCGGGAAAAAAACAGAUGCUGUGGACAAUGUAAAGGAAUUUGUCGCUCCACAUUUUUGUGCUGGCCUCACGUCGCUAGAAAAUUUCGUCCUGAUUCUGGAUUCAGCACCACUUGCACGCGAUAUUAGUGUACCCGCUGCCCAGCGUAUGAUGCCUGUUCUUCUUGAGCUUGUAAAUUGUGCUCAUGAAGCCUUUUGUUUGGCUGAUUCUGCGAUAAACAAAAUUAAUAGUGAGCUGGAAAAUGACUUACUGAGGGUUGUGGUACAGGAGAAAUCUACAGGCGAUCGUCUCGAUCAAACAAAACAAAGUUUAGCCAAAUUACAGGAAAACGUAAAAGUAUUACAGCAGGAGUAUAAUGAAGUGAAGCAGCAACUUUCCCACGAAGAGUCCAAAUUGAAAUCAGCUCGAGAGUCUAAAAAAGAAUGGGAAAGAAAACUAAAAAAGGCUGAAAAAGAACGCAAAGAUGCAAAGAUCAAAGGUGCUGUUAUUGGAGGAGUCCUUCUCGGACCUUUUGGAGCCGUGGCUGGUCUCGCCAUAGCUGAUGCUGUUGAAAGCUUCAAUGUUUCCAAUGCUGAACAAGCUGUUAAUGAAGCGUCAUCUCGCGUAACUGACAUUACAAAACGUGUCAAAGGCAAGGAAACAGAGCUUUCCAACCUGGAAAACGAGAAAGAACAAGAACAACAGAAAAUGAGACGGGAAAGCCAAGAGCUGGAAUUGCUGAAAGCUAGAAAGCAACAAAUAAAAGAAUCCCAGCGCCGAUUAGCAAAACUUAAUGAAUCCAUUAAAAGUUGCGCAACCCUCGUGAAUGUAACGACAGCACGAGCAAAAAUGAUGGCAGAUGAAGCAAAUGGGGAGUUACCAGAUAUUGAAGCAAUGAUGCCUCCCUUGAAGGCCGUCGCUGAAGAUCUCUCUGAUGCAGCACUCAGUGACUGCAAGCUUUUGUCUGGAGGGUUAAACAUGAAACAAAUUGGUUCUAAGAUUCAAGCGAUAACUUCAAAAGCAUUAAAAAGCCCCACAUCAGAUGACCUGUACCUGUGGGCCUGAUAAGAGUGACUAAGGAGGGUGCGAGAAACGUUUACAGUAAUAGAAAUUAACAGUCGUGCAACUGCUGAAAUGUUUCCUCUCAACUCGUAGUUUAUUUAACUUUACCUUGUGUUAAAAUGCAUUUUAGCCCAUGUUUCUUAGGACGUAGCACAUAGUUUAAAAAGAGAAAUGUUUCCUUCCUUCUUGUUGUGGAAUUUUAUUUCAUAAAACAAAGCAAGGUCUUAGCAAGUAAGGUGCUUCAAAAGCAGCGCGGAGUUUUACUAGUAACGGUGUGUUUAACCAUUCAACAUCUUUUUCCAGCUCAACCUGUCUUCAACUCUGAUUUUAGAGACCUUAUAAGCAAGUGCUAACAGAGAAAGACAACAUACUUUUUUUUAAUGAAAAAAAAAUGCAUUCUCGUUACUGGGUUAGGUUAACCAAUUUCAAUAUUUCUCCUUUUGUGUCUUAAAUUGAUCGCUAGGAGUUGCAGAGGGAUUUUAAGGUAGGGCAGUCGUCAACGAUAACCUGUCAAGGUCAAAUGGAUUUUACGUUUUUCCGAAGCCUGAAAAUGUUUCAGCUGAGUCAACUUCUUCCGAGAUUUUUAAUCAAAUUUAUACAAACCGUUUGUCUGUGUACCUGAUGGCAACAAAACCAGUUUGAAAUGAUCACGCAUUUUUUAAUUGGGAUUUUCGUUCAAAAGUAGCAGCACCUCGUAAAUGGUGAUCGAUUCCUUUGAAUUUGACAUGUCUUAUUCUGUAAAAAGUAUUGCUCCGUUUUAUUUUACAGAAAAGAAGUUCUCACUAAAUUCAAAAGAAUCGCAAAAUUUAA